UUCGGCACCGGACAGCUCAUACCACUAGCUGCUAUAAACUUUGUUGUUUAUCGAGAUAUCUGGACUUACAAAAACUUUUGAGUGUAUUACAAGAAUCGGUGUUUUUUCUAGCCAAUUGUUGUUUACCUACAAAGUUACCUUUGACUUAAUUGUUGGCAGCUGCUGCUAAGCGCAUAGAUUUUACCUGUGUGUGGACACAGCCAAGUGUUUUUGUUCCCAGCAACCCUUCCCACUAUAUUCAUCCCUCUCUCUCUCUCUCAAUCGCUCUCUCUCUCUAACCCAAAGCAUAGAGCGCGUGAAUAAUGACAUUUGUGCGGUCAAAGUACGUCGUGUUCAGCGUGUGGGUAGAUGAGCAUUGCAGGGAGUUUGUCGUCGGCGUGUCUCAGCUGCUGCUGUCUGUGAACCUUGCACACAACACAACAACGACAAGAAGAAGAAGAAGAAGAGCAGCAAUAUCAAUACAAAUACAAAUAAAUAAGCGAACCGCUGAAGCGAGCAGCCAGCGUCAGUUGCGCUGCCUCCGUUGAGAGUUAGUUUCGACAGCACUCGCAGGCUAUUCACAACAAAGCAAGCGUCAAAAAAAAAACAGUUAUUGCGAUUAUUUUUCAGUUUGGCGAAACGAAACGAAACGAAACGGGAAUUAAAAUUCCAGUUGCUUAAGAGAAUGACGCGUGUGUUAAAAUCGAUAGUCGCCUUUGUGCGCCUCCACCUGGAAAGUGUCCUGCUCGACGGGAUCCUGGGGUACAUCAUGCGGCGCUUCCUGCGCUCGGCCAUGAUUGUCUUCAGCUGGUUUGUGGUGCCCUACAGCCGCUACACCAACAUCAAGGUGAUGCGGCGCAAGCUGCCACCCAUACGCAGCCAUCUGCUGGAGAUACCUGCCGUCGACCUGGCCAAGCUAAUUCGCAACAGAAAGAUUAAAAGCGAAGAAGUGGUUGAGGCCUACAUCGAACGCUGUCGACAGGUAAAUCCGCUGAUCAAUGCGAUUGUGCAGGAUCGCUUUGAGGAGGCGCUGGAGGAGGCGCGCGAGAUUGACAAUGUGAUUGCCAUGGGCAUCAAUAGCGUCGAGUCCAUGGAGGAGCACACACCGCUGCUGGGCAUACCGGUGACGGUGAAGGAGAGCAUUGCUGUCAAGGGCUUGACCAAUCAGGCGGGUCGUGUCUUCAAGACGCCGCAAAUAGCCAAGUCGGAUGCGCCCGUCGUGGAGCAGAUCAAGCGCUGCGGCGGCAUCAUAUUGCUGGUGUCCAAUACGCCGGAGCUGUGCUUGCUCUGGGAGACGUACAACAAUGUGACGGGCCAGACAAAGAAUCCGUAUGACUUGAAGCGCACACCGGGUGGCUCCUCGGGCGGUGAAGCGGCGCUCCUGGCGAGCGGCGCCUCGCUGCUGGGCCUCACCUCGGACAUUGGCGGCUCGUCGCGUUUGCCGGCCAUGUUCAGUGGCAUUUGGGGUCACAAGCCCACGCCGUAUGCGGUCUCGUUUCGUGGCCAUCAUCCGACCAGCGAUUUUCCCAAAUGGGGCGACUUCUUUACCAUUGCCCCAAUGACACGCUAUGCCAAGGAUUUGCCGCUGCUGCUCAAGUGCAUGAGCGAUCCGACUGGACCGAAAUUGACGCUGGACAAGGAGAUCAGUGCGAAUGGCAUACGUUUCUUUUUCAUGGACAACGACGGGCCCUCGGGCAUGAUGCGUCCGCUCAGCCGGGAUCUGCAUGCGGCCAUCAAUCGUGUCGCUAGCGAUUUCAAUGCAAAGCGCGUCAAUAUACGCAAAAUGAAAUGGUCGCUGGACAUCUCGCUAUCGGCCAUGCUGACCAUGAAGAACAUUGAGACAAUUUACCACAAAACGGAGGAGGGCGAACAGCCAAAGACCGUCUGCAAAGAGACGGUCAAAUAUUUCUUUGGCUGCUCGGACAGCAUACUGCCCUCGGUCAUCUUCGGACAUCUGCAGAAUUUCAUGAAGAUAAUACCCAAUUCGCGGCACAAGCAUCUGGCCAGCAUCAUCGAAGCGCUCAAGACUGAAUUCAAGGAGCUGCUCGGCACAGACGGCGUUUUCCUCUAUCCCACAUUCCCGAACACCGCCCAUCAGCACUAUCAGAUCUAUCACAAGCUGCUGGAGCCCAUGUACAUGGCUAUAUUCAAUACACUCGGCCUGCCCGUUACCAACUGUAUGAUUGGCCUGGAUCGUCGCAAUCUGCCCAUGGGCAUACAGGUGGUCGCCAAUCCCGGCCAGGAUCAUCUCUGUCUGGCCGUGGCGCGCGAAAUGGAGCGACGCUAUGGCGGUUGGGUGCGUCCCCCCUCGGAGGAUAGCCACAGUUAUGCGCAGUCCAGUGGCAAGCGGGGCUGAGCCCGUUCUUCAUUUAGUGAAUUAUUAUUUCAUUCGUCAUUCGUCAUUCGUCAUGCACAUAUAUAUAUAUAUAUAUAUAUAUUUUUGAUUCCAUCUAGUUAUCCCAUAGUUAACUAUGUGACAUUUUAUUGAAAUCCCAAAGAAAAUUAUAGAAAAUUUGGCGUACUUUUUACACAAUUCAUUUGGAGCUUUCUUUCCUACAUUUUAAUUCGUCUCACACACAUCACAUUUACUUCAAAUCAUUUCACAUUCUAAGAAGUAUUAAAUUAUUGCUUUUGUAUUUGUCCAAA